CGCGGGUUGUGUAACGGAGACCAAAACAAACGUGUUCGCCUUUGAAUUUCGAUCUUGAGGACUGAAUUCAGAGAGGAUGGAUAAACCAGUUCACUUAGCCUGUGUAACGAGUCAAGGGCCAUGUGAUUUGCAGCACUGCCUCAUACCCAUACAGCUCCUCAAGGAGAUCAAAGGAAGUGUUGGAUCUUAUGUUCAUAUCCAGCUUUCCAAGGAAUUCUCUUUGGUGUGUCGUGCAGUUCCUGUUUCAGAGGCUUACUGUGAAAUGGGCUACCAGCUCAUUGCUUGUGACUGUGUUUCUCAUAAGUCUCGUGACUGUGAUAUGAUGUCUCCUCUUGAAAGCUACACAUUGCAAGCAUCUGACAUUAUCCCGCUGAAAACUGUAAAACUGAAGUCCAUUUCAGUUACAGUCAUCUUAAGGACAGUAGAAGAUGUGCUGAAAUAUAGAAAAAAUAACAAUGGAUACAAAUUUUUCAUCCUAGACCUGAUGCGUCUCUAUGGUAUAAUGAAAGGGAAUCAGAUAAAAUGUACAAGCAACCCAUUAGCAAAGCUAUUAGGUAUCUCUCGAGUUAUAGUAGAAGAGUGUUCACUCUCAGCUCAUGAAGUGGGGACUGUGGCCUCAGAUACAGAUGUGGAUAUUAUUGGAAUUGAGAGCGAGGACAGGAGAAGUAGCACCAUCCAUGAUCAGGUGGCACUGGGUGGUAUGGACAAAGUUCUCAAGUAUUUGCGCAGGUUGAUGGUUGAGCCAUGGGUGAGGAAAGAAGAAUUUGCCAAAGCUGGCGUCCAUUAUCCUUCAGGAGUGUUGUUAAUUGGCCCUCCAGGAUGUGGCAAAACAUCCUUGGUACGUCAGCUCUGUGCAGAAACAGGAACGUGUCUGGUUGCAACAGCUGGAGCAGAGCUAGUCAGCCCGUAUGAAGGAGAAAGCGAAAAUAACUUUAUAAAAGUGGCACAGCGUGCUCAGUCCUUGAGUGAAGAAGGUCCAUGUCUGUUCUUCAUAGAUGAAAUUGAUUCUUUGUGCCCAAUGAGAACAAAAGAGUCAAGUCUCCAUCAGCUCCGACUUACAGCACAGGUAUUGUUGACAUUAGACAAAUGUCGAUUGUGUUCAAAUUUAAUGAUCAUGGCUGCUACUAAUCGACCCUUUGAUCUCGAUCCAUCUUUAAGAAGAUCUGGUCGUUUUGAAACUGAGAUUCUACUGAAUGUUCCCUCAGCAAAUGAUAGGGAGAGCAUCCUAGCUGUACACAGUGCCAACCUACUACCUGCUGGCUGUGGUGGUUUGGCCAAGGUGGCUCAUGCAACACCGGGCUUUGUAGGUGCCGACCUGCGAGCACUGGUGGAUAUAACAAGGGCAAAAAUAGGAGAGGAGUCUGUAAAUGCUGAUGCAGUAACUGACAUAAUGCUUGAAUGUGCAGAAAGAAUUACACCCAGCAUUCAUAAAACACUGAGUUUCAUAACUGCAAAACCAGCAGCAUCCCCUAUUGGAGGAUUGCAAGAGGUAAAGGAGAAACUUCAGAGGAUAUUCACUCAUCACACAGAGUUUGCAGAAGCCUACAAGAAACUGAAGCUGAAGAGGCCCAGAGGAGUGCUUCUGUAUGGCCCAAGAGGAUGUGGCAAAACACGCCUUGUUGCCUCGCUAGCCUCGUCAAGGGGCUGCACCUUCAUCACAGCAAAUGCAUCUCACCUUCUCUCCCCCUUCGUUGGGGACUCUGAGAAGCGUAUUGCUGCGCUCUUCUAUGCUGCCCGCCUUGCCCAGCCUACCAUACUUUUCAUUGAUGAAAUUGAUGGAAUCUUUGGCUCCAGAGAGAAGAAUGACAGUAGUGUUCAUAUCAGCAUUUUGAAUGAAUUACUGCAGUCAAUGGAUGGAGCAGAUGUACAGGCCACAAGUCUCCAAGGGGCCUCCCAGUUAACAAACAGCUGUACGAGUGAUCAGGACGGAGUGUUGGUGUGUGCUGCAACCAACAACCCAGGAAGCCUUGACCCAGCACUUUUGCGUCCUGGGAGAUUUGACCGCCUGGUUUACGUCCCGCCACCAGACCGUGCGGCCCGCUAUGACAUUUUAAGACUUAAAACCAAGAAGUUGGGGAUUGAAUCAGAGAGUGUCUUGGAGUCUCUAGCAGAUAAAACAGAAGGUUUUACUGGAGCUGAAUUGGAGAAUAUGAUAAUGAGGGCAACCAUAGCUGCGGUGAGGGAAGGCCAAUACAACAAAGACACACAAAUGGUACACCUGAGCAAGCAGCAGCUCUUACAGGCAUGGCAGUCUUGCUCACCUGCUGUCACCCAAAGAGAAAUAUCUCGAUUCAAAGAUUUUGAAAGAAGGUUCUCAGUUGUGCAAUGAUUGAACAAAUUUUAAAUAUAUUUAUUUUUGUU